ACAAAAGAAGUUGGGAGGAAGAAAAAAGGUGGUCCUGCUGGAAAACAUCGUCCGGAGAAGAACAGCCCACACCGAGGCUCCGAAAACUCUUCCUGCCACCUCCUCUCGCCUCUUUAACAGCUCGGCGGACACACAUGGAACGACGAAAGUGUCCCAGGUGCUUCUCAUUACGGGGGGAAGUUGAUCCCGCACGUUUAUCAGCGGGAAUAUAAAAAAAAGAGAGACGAAGAAGAAGCGAGAACUGCGAAGGGGAAAAUGGAGAGAACAGCUGAGUGACUUGAGAGUGGGGUGAGGAGGCUGGCUUUGGCAAGCUGCGAGUCCUGCCCUGUUGCUCCUGCUGUGUGUGUGUGUGUGUGUGUGUGUGUGUGUGUGUAUGUGUGUGUGUGUGUGGCUCCCCAGCUAACUAAACGAGCUGCUUAACUUUUUUUUUAAACUUUGGCUGUCUGCGGUAAAGGAACGAGAUCCUUUUCCCCGACUCCAUCUCCAACCUGUCAUUCUCCAGGGAAUGCUCCUUCAUCCGUGGAAAGACUGUUAGGAUUUGAAGUGUUUCCCAAUUGAUUGAAGCUUCUUUUCGCUUCUGGGGGGGGGGGUAAACUAAAAGUGAAGGUGACGAUUUGAAUUCAUACACAAAUCCUGCAUAAAUUUAAAAUAUUGCAUUGCCGCGUUUCUAAAGGCAGCCCCUCUGAGGCCUGUGUGGAGAAGUUGGAUGCCCUGGCCACGCCGCCGCCUCCUUCACCACUGUUGGGUUGUUUUAGUACCUUGAGCAUCUGUAUUAACUUCGAUUCAUGCAGUUUUUCCCUUAAAUCUUCAAAAACGCUGAGCUGUCCCAUCCCGGAUGGGACCUUGCUAGCUCCUUUCAAGAGGCUCGAUGCCGCCCCCAUCUGCAGACAGUGCUGCCUGGAGGUGUGUACUAGGUCUACUGGCACAAACUCAAAAAAGUACUUUGUCAGAGCCAGUAAAACAGUACUACAACAAGGUGUAGCAAUACAGUAGGGGCUGGAGGUAUAAAGACAACCAAAGUACUCGACAGCUGCAGUCUUGAGCUCUGUGACUUUGGAUGCGACUUGUAUCGGUGUUGCAUUCUCAUUUGUGAGCCUCCUGUCUCUGAUGCUGAUGCCACCUCAUCGGACCUUGAGCGUAUGGUGUGAGUCUCUUCAUGAACCCUCCAUCUGACUCUGGACACAGCCUGGAUGUUGGGCUCCUUUUGUCUGUCGAGUCCACAGUUGCGGUGAUGAGACUGGGCUGCUGGGGGCCUGUGUGGAUGGCCGGGCAGCAGCCUGAGGUGAUGUGAUGGGGUGCAGGAACAGUAAGGUCCUCCCUGAGCCUCCAGGGGACGUUCAGCUGGACCUGGUCAAAAAGGUGGACCUUCCCGGACCCCCGCAGACGGACAUCUACAAACACUUCAUACGAGGUGAUGGCACAUGCAGCAAGAUGGGUGAUGCCGGAUGUGGGGGAGGAGACAAGGCGGACUGCGCCUCCCCCUCUCAGGCCCAAACACACGGUGCCACCCCCACUGCCUCUGCCCAGCCUCCCAAAGACCAACCCGAGCCGCCCGACCCUCAGCGGAGGAAAGUGGCAAAAUAUCGGGCCAAGUUUGACCCGCGGGUCACGGCCAAGUACGACAUCAAAGCCCUCAUUGGCCGAGGGAGUUUUAGCCGAGUGGUUCGCGUGGAGCACAAGAGCACACGUCAGCCAUAUGCCAUCAAAAUGAUCGAGACCCGCUACCGGGAGGGGAGGGAGGUGUGCGAGUCGGAGCUGUGUGUCCUGCGGCGCGUCAGACACACCAACAUCAUCCAGCUGAUGGAGGUCUUCGAGACAGCUGAGCGUGUCUACAUGGUGAUGGAGCUCGCCACCGGUGGAGAGCUCUUUGACCGGAUCAUCGCUCGCGGCUCCUUCACAGAGCGGGACGCCACGCGGGUCCUGCAGAUGGUGCUGGACGGUGUCAAGUACCUCCACACCCUGGGUAUCACACACCGGGACCUGAAACCAGAGAAUCUGCUCUACUAUCACCCCGGAGCCGACUCUAAGAUUAUCAUCACGGAUUUUGGUUUGGCCAGCAGCAGGAAAAAAGGGGACGAGUGCCUGAUGAAGACCACGUGCGGCACACCGGAGUACAUCGCCCCCGAGAUUCUGGUGAGGAAGCCCUACACCAAUGCGGUGGAUAUGUGGGCACUCGGGGUGAUCUCCUACAUCCUGCUGAGCGGGACCAUGCCUUUCGAGGAUGACAACCGCAUGAGGCUUUACCGGCAGAUCCUCAAGGGGAAGUACAGCUUCUCUGGAGAGCCAUGGCCCAGUGUGUCCAACCUGGCCAAGGACUUUGUGGAGCGGGUUCUGACAGUCGACCCCAGUGAGCGGCUAACAGCCGGGCAGGCCCUCAAACACCCCUGGGUCGUCAGUAUGGCUGCCUCCUCCUCAAUGAAGAACCUGCAGCGUUCUAUCUCUCAGAACCUCCUGAAGAGGGCGUCCUCUCGCUGCCACAGCACCAAGUCGGCACAGUCCACACGCUCCAGCCGCUCCACCAAAUCCAACAAGGCCCGACGGGCCCGGGAAAAGGAGCUCCGUGAGCUCAACCGCCGCUACCAGCAACAGUAUAACGGCUGAAAUGGUUAACGCUAAGAGCAAACAGUCGUGGAAUAGUUGCAGCUGCACUACAGGAAUAACACUACAAUGAUUGAGCACUGGUAGUCACGGUGAAGUUUCAAAGUUAAUGCCAACAGUGGUUAAGAGUCAGAAAUCAUUGCCACGAAAAACAGAACAAUGACUUGGCUCCGCACUCGGCUACCAGCAACAGUGGAAUCAGUGGUUGAACAUUAACUGUUGCAAGCAAGAACAGUAGAACAAGACCUGUGGUUAAGCUGUAUCUGCACAUAAUUUAGGUGAAAUGUAAUGGCUGAAGUGAUCUGUGGGUGAGAGACUAUGAUUUCCUUUGACAGCAUGCCUUCCCACAAACUCAUGAAUGGACACUACGGUACAGCUCUGUAUGUUGACAACCGAAAUGGUUACACCUCUCUCUAUGUAUCCAUCCCUUUACCCUUUCUUUUCGGCCACAGUGAGUGAAGGAGGGAGGAGGGUGCGUCCCACUCUCCCAAACCCUCUCUCCCCCAUUCCACGUCUCCAUAUUUAUUUAUUAUUGUUGAUGUGAUUGAUAACUGGUCUCCAUUCAAAUGGUCACUGGAUGAUGACCAUCCACUUGGAUCUGUUGAACAGAAUUCUGGAUACUGACGUUUCUAGGAAGAAAGGGAUGCUUCACGAGAAGGGGAGAAAAAUGCCUCCCUUUACUCAUUCCUCAUUAAAAUUGCUGUGAAUUUAUUUUUGUGCUACAGGAACGGUUGGAGAAGUACAGCGAUAUUGUGUCUGACCUUAUUCGAAGAGGUGAGCAAUGGAGCACACUGCUACACAAGCACACCAUUUAAAAGCCAAAAUGAAGAAUUUCCUAUUUUUCAAAUCUAAGCUCUUCUGUAAUCUUGCCAUAAUUACACUAUUGAUGUCAUGGAUUUGAAGCUGACAAGAGAUUGUGAAUGUGUUUUGUUUUUGUUUUUUCAGGUUAGGCCACAUUAGUAUUUGAUCUUUAAUGUGCUGUAAGGC